AUGGCAGCACCGAUUCGGGACGUGAAAUCAAAGCGCUAUCAUCUGCUUCAGACUCACGGAGAUUCCUUCGUGGGUAGCUUCGAGGCCUCUGCAGCAUCAGUCCUUUGGGGCGAACUCUUUACAGAGAAGGAGCGGAACUUCCUGCGCCAGGUCCUCGAAGAAGGGAACCAGUCCUUCGGAGUCAGGGACACUUUCCAGCUGGACUACCGGAUUGCUUGGAAUCCUUCGGCCAAGCAGCAGAUGCAAGCCAGGGGCCAGAUCCACGAUGGCAAGCUGGUCAUCUUAAUACAUGGGUACAGCGGCCGCAUCACAGAUUCCUGGGGCUGGGCCAAGCUGGUGAAGCCACUGUGGAAACAGGGCUUCACGGUUUGCCUGCUGGACAUGCCUGGCUUUGGAAGGAGUAGCAUCAAUCUGAAAUGGAAUGCUCCCUUGACCAGCUGGCAACAUGUCGACUCGAUCGUCCUGUCGAAGUUCAUAGAGGGGAUGCGUUUCCGCAAUCCUGCCAGUGUCAUCGGCUACCGCGAGUCCUGCAAGACGGUGCUGCGACUCUUCCGCGACUCACCACACCUGGUAGCCACCCAGCAUGCGCUUAUUGACCCGAUCUUCACCCUGGACGACGUCUAUCCACUGGAACCUCCUUACGGAGCCAUCAGCAAAGAGUGGCUCGCCGAGAAGCCAGGCAAGCAGGCCGUGGAGUUUGACAAAUUUCUCGGGAGGAGCAAGACCUUCCUUUGGACCAUCUUUACUGGCAAGUCAGACACCGACUCUGGCCGUGAGGCACUACAGGCAGUGAUGCGCAGAAGGCAGCAUUUGGCGAUGCGGAUCUGCGUAUCCCACGUCACGAAGGAGUUCAUCUCUGAAGCUCGAGCUGGGGCCAGCGGGGCGGGCUCCUACGCCCACGUGCUGUUCUUCUGCAAGUAUAUGAAGGACAAGCUGUCCGAAUUCAUGGCAGGGGGGAAGGCGCCGAAAGAGAUUCCGCCAUGGGCUCUGGAGGUCACCUCCACGACGGCUUCAAGCUCGAUUGGAUCCAAAUCUCUUCCAAGUGUGGACUCUCCAGCUGGAAGGGCCAAGGCCUUCAAUGCGCUGGAGACCGUCCAAGAAGUGGCGGAGGUGCUGUCAAGAUGUACGACGGCCAAACAAGACUCACGCCCGCAAUCACCUGUGGCGACAAACGAGGCACGUAAUGAUCUGGCACCGCUGCAUAUGGAAAAACAUCAGAAACCUUCUGCUGGAGCUGGCAAGAGCCACCCACUGCUCCCAGCGCUGUUCGCCAACUCGACAACCUUCAGGGACACUGUCAACCUCCGCGAGACGUUGAGGACAGAUGCAGCCGGUUCUAAAGGCUUUCGAGACAGACCGGCGCAUGCCCUUACGAAACAGAAGCAUCGCUCAGAAGCUGCCUUGGGCAUGGGCAUGAGCCGCUUCGGAAGCAGCUUCCUGGGUCAGACACGAUCCGAGCCGAAGCUUCAGGACCUCCAUGGCAGGCACCAGGAGGCUUUCGAAGAAGGUCCAGGCCAGCCCAAGAAAAGUCGCGGGCACAAGGGCCGUUCGAACGUCCAGCGGACUGCAGGAGGGGUCGCGAUUUGCCGAGCCGAGCUGCCGCCGCCUCCAUUCAAGACGGAGGCCGUGAAAUGUAGCAUCACCAGAUGUGCCUCCAAAGCAACGGAACAACGACUCGAGGAUCCCCAGCCCAUUCGACACAGGCUUAUCUGUCCUGUGAAACGAACGAAGGAGGCUGUCGAGGCCACGGGCUACAGCUACUCACCUCGUGGAGCCCAGGCCAGACCAGCGGUCCAAGAUGUCCUGGAGGAGCUGAAGGGUUCGAUCCCAUAUUGGCAACGUCGUCUGGAUGUUGCAUGCACCGUUUUUGGAAGUGCAUGCACGGUGGUGAUCCAGGAUUGGCCCGAGGGCCGGUCGAUCCAGGCGGUAGCCGUUUCGCGAUUUCAGCCCACCAUGGACGAAGAGUUGCAGGAGAGCCUACUGAGUUGCUUUUCCCAAAAUUUGAAGCCGCAGCAUGAGACCCAGACACAGUCUGUGAAGCCCAAACGGCGCAGGAUGCUGCGCCAUUCUGUUUGCAACGUCCAUCUGGGUGAUGCGACUCAGCCCUCACUGUUCCUGGAGGAUGUGAGACUCCCAUCGGAGGAACUCCCCCGUAGUGUGUUUCCGCUCGAGGCCUGA